AUGGUCGCGGGGAGAGAUAACCCGCAAGCGGUUGAUCCUCGCGCGUUUCCAAUGCGGGUCGCGACUUGCAGUGCACUGCACAGACCUUCUGCAGAGACGAAGGAGAUUCAACUAUCCUAUGUUGAUGUAAAUUCGGAUGCGGAGAAAACGCUGCUCAUGAUACACGGCUGGCCCAGCCUAUGGCACAGCUGGAAGUACCAGAUAGAAGAGUUUAAGAACGACUACCAUCUUUUGCUUCCCAAUCUUCGUGGGUUCGGCGAGUCCACUCAUCCAGGAGAUGUCGAGUCCUCUAGUACGAUGGAAGACUUGGUCAAGGACCUCGUUUGCAUCCUGGAACAUGCAGGUGUCCCCAAGGCGGCAUGCAUGGGACACGACUGGGGAACGCAAAUUUGCCACGAGGCCGCUCGCAUGCAACCAGAUAUCUUUGACGCUGUUGUUGGCACGGGUGUUCCUUAUCUCCCGUACAAAGGAACUUUCGUGCCGGCUAGAAGCCUUACAUACAUGUUCCCGAAGCUCACAUAUGUCUUGUUCUUCGAAGGCAAGACGAACGAAGCCAUCAAAGAGCUCGGAAAUGACGUCCGCCGGACUCUCCGCGCAACAUUCCGUAGCGUCGACAGUCCCCCGCCCGAUGCGUUCUUGCGGCAAAAGGACUCGUUCCUACGGGGUUGGGAUGACGUGAGCGAUAUACCGCCAAUUCCGUUCUUCACCGCAGAGGAAGAAGACUACUGGGUUGAGCAGUAUGAGAAGGAUCGCUUCGCUCAUACGAUGUACUUCUACACUUAUGGCAACCGUUACACAUCAUGGGCUAUUGCAAAUGGCCAGCUGAAUCAGGUCAUUUCCGCUCCUGUUCUAUCAAUCCUUCCGACACAAGAUCCCGUCGCCGACUGGGUCGCCGCUACCAAGCUCGUCGACAUUGCGACGUGUGUCCCUAAUCUGACCACUAAGACCGUCGCCGCUGCCCACUGGUUACAACUCGAGAAGCCUGAGGAGGUAAAUGCUAUCAUGCGCAAGUGGCUGAACGAGUGGUACCCGCCUCCCGGGAAGGCCGUUGAGGAGCCUGCUGGAGAGGAGGAAUCUACUGAGGGCGGAGAACACUCCAAGGGGGAGGAACGCUCCAAGGAAGAGGAGAAGGAUGAUAUCAUGCGGCAGUGGGUGGGCCAAUUCUAUCCGCCUGCCGCGGCCGUGAUGGACCAGCAGCGCGCAAAAGAUGAGCUGUGA